AUGGCGUCAGCUGGAAGCUGCAAUAAUCGUGGAACAUGUCUCGCGUUGAGCGUCAUUUUUUCCCAUCCCGUUAGUAAGCAGGACACCGAGAACUCUACUCUCCAAUAUCGAAGCUGUUCAUCAUCGUGGCCCGUGGAGAACCUUGAUAUACGGUAAGUUUGGUAUCGCCAUAAAGAAUGAUGUUGAAUUGCAAUGUCUCGUGCCUGGCAGAUCGACAGACCCGCCCACCAGCGCCCUGUGGAAAUUGAGGUUGGCUGGUGGUCUCACGUAA